AUGGAAUGGACGCGGGAAAACCGGUUCCAGCAACAGCGGCAGAGCCUCUACGACUUCGUGAUGGCGGGGCAGACGCAGCAGUACGAGUACGUCAACAAGACUUCCAGCGCAGCCAUCUUGAACAAGCAUUUGGAACCUACUAAGAACGAUAUUCGUGCCAUUAAGCAGCACGGUGUUUCUCAAGACGACCUGAAGAACAUGGUGGACCCGCUGCGUAAAGAGCUCGAGCAGUUGCAGGACACUGCAACUAAUGAUCUGGAAGAUUUACAGAUACGCGCUACCAAGAUGGAAAACACCAUCAACGAGAUGAAGCAGGACAUGAUCAAU